AUGAGUUUGUUGAAAAUUGCCGGCCGUCAUUCGGUGCGGUUCAUGUCCACAAAGCCUGCGACGCCCCUCCAGGUUGCUUUGAAAUACGGCGACGAUGAAGAGGAAGCCAGAUACCGCAAACAAAAGAACCCGAUUAUUCCAGACGUCUCCGAGCUGCCCAAGCGAUGGAACAAGCUAGACGCUUUGAAGCAGGACGACAUUAUUGCCUAUUUGGAGGACCGCAUGCGUGGCGACUGGAAAGAACUCACCCAGCCCGAACGGAAAGCUAUCUGGUACGUCUACUAUGGCCCGUGGGGUGCCCGGGGGAAAGAGCAGGCCGACCCGGGCUCUAUCUAUGGCUCGUUUGCCGGGUUUGUUGGAGUGAUGCUACUUGGCGUAGUUGGAUACCAGGCUCUGCGCAAAAAGGAGUCUGAAAACUAG